AUGGGUUUCUUCAGCCAGCUGUGGCUUCUGUCAUGGAAAAAUUUUACUCUAAGAAGGAGACAAAAGUUCCGACUGGUAGCUGAGAUUGUCUUCCCUUUGGCAUUAUUCAUCAUUUUAGUGAUUGUAAGAACCAGGCCAAACCUUAAGAUACCCUACACAGAGUGUCACUAUGAUGGAAACGCCAUGCCCAGUGCUGGUGCCCUGCCCUUUGUACAGUCUUUCCUGUGUAACUUCAACAAUCCGUGCCAUGCUAAAGUGACUGAGGAUGAGAACCCUGGGACAAUAGGAAGUUUUGAUCAGUCAACAUUAACUAAAGUAAUAAAAGAUAUAUCAAGAGUGCUAGAAGAUAAUUCCAUCAUAACUCUGAGUCAUAUCUUGCAAGAUUUUGGGUUUUAUUCACGAGUCUUAGACAACAUACGCAGUGGAAAUUCUUCAGGUGGUAUUUGUGCCACAAUUAAUGCCACAAUGUACAGUAGGCGCACCACUCGUGUCAUUUGGAAGCAGAUUCUGCCAAUGUUACAGGGAAAGAUUCUUUACUACCCAGAUACACCCGCUGUCAGAAAAGUCAUUAAAGAGGCCAACCAGACCUUUGAGGAGUUUGCAAGAGUGAUCAACCUUGCCAGGAACUUCAGCCAGGACUACUACUUCGAAAUAUAUAACUACCUUAACAACAGUGCAAACAUUGAAUUCCUGCGGACUUUAACUGGUUCCUGUCUCUGUGAUUUGGCUUUUGACCAGUUAAGGAACACUGGAAACAUUGCCCAGAACUACAGUGCCUGUGAAUCACUGAAUGGCUUUUUAAACAACCGCAAUGCAACAGGUUAUGAUUGGAGAAAUGCCAUCAACAGCACCAGAAUGUUGGCUCUUGGAAUUGCAGAGUUUGGAGGAUGCUUCAACUUGAAUAAGUUUGUGGGCUACAAAAAUGAGAGGCAGAUGAUCAAUGAUGGUGUAAGAAUGAUUGAGGAAUUUAAAUUCUGGGCAGCAUUGGAGUUUAAAGUAUCAGACAAUGAUCAGGUGCCCUUGCCCACUCAUGUGAAGUACUCCAUUAGAAUGGAUACAGAUAAGAUUGAUGGAACAACAAGAAUACAAGACAAGUACUGGCGACCAGGACCUAGGGCAAGUGCUGGACGUGACACGAAGUACAUUACUUACGGCUUUGCUUACAUUCAGGACAUGGUUGACCAUGCCAUCAUCAAUGUUCAGACCCAGAAACAAGUGUCUGUGGGAGUGGAGACCCAGCAAUUUCCCUACCCUUGUUAUACCAGAGACAGGUUUAUAUUUGCAAUAUCCCGGUCCUUGCCUCUGUUCCUGGUUUUAGCCUGGGUUUUAUCGGUUGCCAUGAUCUGUAAGAGCAUCGUGUACGAGAAAGAGAACCGACUGAAGGAAGUAAUGAAGAUAAUGGGACUGAGUAAUGCUGUUCACUGGGUCGCCUGGUUCAUCAAUGCAUUUGUUAUGAUGUUCCUCACUAUUAUCAUUCUCACCAUCAUUAUUAAGACUGGCAGAGUCCUGGAGCACUCCGAUGCGGGUGUUCUUAUCGUGUUCUUCACUGCUUUUGGAAUAUCCACCAUCAUGCAGUGCUUCUUGUACAGUACAUUCUUUAACCGAGCAAACUUGGCUGCUUGUGUGGCCGGUUUCCUGUACUUUAUUAUGUAUCUACCCUACACUCUGGCAGCACAGUGGGAAGACUAUUUAACCACGGGACAAAAAGUUCUCUCGUGUUUUUCCUCGGGGGUGGCGUUUGGCUGGGGUUGUAGCUAUCUAGCUCGAUAUGAAGAACAGUCUAUAGGCAUUCAGUGGUCCAAUAUUGCCUCCAGUCCGAUAGUGGAUGAUGACUUCAACAUGUUGUACUGCAUCUUCAUGAUGCUUCUGGACUCCGUUAUUUAUGGAAUUGCUACUUGGUACAUUGAGGCUGUAUUUCCAGGUCAAUAUGGAAUUGCCAGAAAGUUCUACUUCCCUUUCCAAAAGUCCUAUUGGUGUGGAGUGUCCAGUGCGAAGGCAGAGGGCAGGUCCUACAUGAUUAACGUACCUGAUGUAGAGCUGGGGAACAACGAUGUAAAUGUUGAAGCUGAACCAAAGAACAAAAAGCUAGGUGUGUCCAUUAGAAACCUUCGUAAAGUGUACAAACAGGGGAAGAAACUGGCAGUGGACAACCUCAGCAUUAACUUCUAUGAGGGGCAGAUCACUUCAUUCCUCGGCCACAAUGGAGCAGGGAAGACAACCACCAUGUCCAUUUUGACAGGCUUGUUUGAGCCUACAGAUGGAACUGCGUAUAUUUAUGGAUAUAACAUUCAGACUGAGAUGGAUAACAUAAGGAAGAGCCUAGGAAUGUGUCCUCAGCAUAACGUUCUGUUUGAUGGUCUGACAGUGGAAGAACACUUGUGGUUCUUUGCCCGUCUGAGAGGACUAGAGAAUGAGAAAGUGAAACAGGAGAUGGAGCAGAUGAUCAAAGAUGUAGGACUACCUCACAAGAGGAAGGAGUUGUCAUCCUCACUGUCAGGUGGUAUGAAGAGGAAGCUGUCAGUAGCCAUUGCUUUCUGUGGAAAUGCUAAGACAGUCAUUCUGGAUGAACCAACAGCUGGAAUAGAUCCAUAUGCUCGGAGAUCCAUCUGGGAACUACUCAUCAAACUCAAGAAAAAGAGGACCAUUAUCCUAUCUACACACCACAUGGAUGAAGCUGAUGUAUUGGGAGAUAGGAUUGCCAUUAUCUCUCAUGGAAAACUCUGCUGUUGUGGCUCCAGUCUCUUCCUGAAAUCUCAGUAUGGGAGCGGGUUCUAUUUAACAUUGGUACGAGGCAAAGAAGGAGAAUAUGGGAAGGAUAUGGAAUCUGAUGAUGACGACGAUGAUUAUCCAGAUGAGACGAUGUCAAUUGAUUCCAGACCUAGCACUGUAUCAAGUAUCCGGACCGUACGUGCUGUCAAGGCAUCAAUCAAAGAGCCAGAUGAUGAAGGAUAUGAUGAGAAUUCCAAGAGUGAUUCAGGGAGUGAUCCCCCUUCAAAGCCUCCAACCCCACCCCCAGAAGAAGCCACCAUGAUCCUAGGUUUCUCUGUCGAUCGUUUGAGUGCUUUCAUUAAGCGUCAUAUCAAACAAGCUCGGUUGAUUGAGGAGACAACAACAGAACUUGUGUUCCAGCUUCCUGAUGGUGAAUCUGAACUCAGGAAGUUUGAAACUUUGUUCACAGAUUUAGAAAAGAACCACAGAAAUCUUGGAGUUUCCAGCUUUGGAAUCUCAGAUACAAGCUUAGAAGAGGUAUUCUUGAGGGUUGCCGAACAAACAACUGAAGAUGAAUUACCUGAUGAAGUCAGGCGAAGCAGGCUUGAAGAUCUUACAGAUAGUGGUCGAUUUGCUCGUCCAGUGAGCAGACUUAGCUUCAGGAGAAAAAAGAAGAAGUCAUUCCUUAAAAGUCUGGUGAAGGGAAAAAAGUAUGGCAGAAUUGAUUCGGAGGAUCUCAUAAGUGAUACAGAAUCUCUGGCUUCGAUCCCAACAAGUGAGGCACCUACAGAGGCAGGCUUCAGAAUGGAUGACUACAAGAAAGUCAGUGGAAAAUUCCUAUUUUUGAGACAGUUCCAAGCUCUGUUCAUCAAACGAUUCCACCAUCUCAGAAGGUCCAAAAAGGGUUUCUUCUUUGAGAUAAUCAUGCCUGCAUUGUUUGUGUUAUUGGCCAUGAUAUUUGCUGAGAUAACACCCCCUCGGGACAAACAGCCUCCCCUGGAGCUUCAGCCCUGGAGAUAUGUACCAACCAAGGGAGACAAACAUCUCUAUGUCUUCUAUAGCAAUGAUGGCAAGGGUCAGGAUUGGUCAGAUAAAAUGGUUCAGAGUCUGCUAACUCGUCCAGGAAUCGGAAAUCGCUGUCUGAAUCCAAGUGUCUACUCUAUAGAGGAUUAUCCUUGUACUGGAGAGAGCUCUAACUGGAUGAACUUCCGCCCAAUCUAUACCAACACCACCAUUGACUCUCCAAGCUGUUCUUGUGACACUGGCUUCCAGAAAUGCCCUCCAGGUGCAGGUGGCCCAGAGCCCCCCAAGAAACUGUUACCCACCUCUGACUAUCUGUACAACAUGACGGCGAGGAACAUCAGUGACUGGCUCGUCAAAACUAUGGAGAGAUACCAGAAAAGGAGAUUUGGAGGAUUUUCAUUUGGAGAUGAAGAUCCAUUAGCAGCAUUUAAUGCCACAGAGCUGAGGAUUGUCAUAGACAACCUGUUUACUGUGCUAAACAACGGGACUCCAACAACUUCAUUUAACGAGACUGUGCUAAUAGAAACACUGCAGGGAUUGGCCACUCAGAGGGUCAAUAAGGUCUGGUAUAACAACAAAGGCUGGUUUGCUGUGGUAGCUUACAUGAGUGCCAUGAAUAACCUGAUUCUACGGAGUAACCUUGACCCCUCACAGGACCCAACUCUCUAUGGAAUUACCACUGUCAAUCACCCCAUGGAGCUGACUAAAGACCAGCUCAACGAGAAUCUGAUGUACCAAGCUGCCCUGGAUGUAGUGAUUGCGAUAUGUGUUAUAUUUGCUAUGUCAUUCGUACCUGCCAGUUUUACAAUGGUUCUGAUAGAGGAGAGAGCUUCCAACUCCAAACAUCUUCAGUUUGUCAGUGGUGUCAAUCCCGUUAUUUAUUGGGUGUCCAACUUUUUAUGGGAUAUGAUGAAUUACCUGUUGCCCUGCUUCAUCUGUAUAAUCAUUUUUGUGGCCUUUGACAAUAAGUCUUAUGUAGGAUCAAACAACUGGCCUUGCUUAGUACUGCUCCUAUUUUUGUAUGGGUGGUCCAUGAUUCCUGUGAUGUACCCCUUCUCCCGCCUCUUCAGCAUCCCCAGCACCUCCAUGGUGGUGCUUCAGUCUGUCAACAUCUUCCUGGGUACCACCUCUACACUGGCCACCUAUGUUAUAGAGUUCUUACAGGCAGAUGAUGAGGAGUUGAAGAAUAUAAAUACGAUUCUGAAGCGAGUUUUCUUGCUGUUGCCUCAGUAUGGUCUGGGGAGAGGGCUGAUGGACAUGGCGUACAAUCAGAGGGUCACAGAUGCUGCAGCUCUACUGGGUGAAACAAUCAUCACAAGUCCGUUUAAGUUUGAUGUAGUGGGAAGAAACCUGUUGUCCAUGUUUUUCAUUGGCAUUUUGUUCUUCAGUGUCAACUUACUGAUUGAAUACAAUUUCUUCAUUAAACGAGGGAUGUGUUUCUGGUCACCGAGACCUACCCACAAACCUCUGGAUGAUGAGGAUGAGGAUGUAGCAGCAGAGAGGAAGAGGAUUAAGUCAGGAGAAGCAAAGGAUGACAUCCUCAGACUCCAGAAUCUCACUAAGGUUUAUCGAUUGUUUGGUAAGAAAGGACGGAACACAGCAGUUGACAGACUUUGUGUGGGAGUCCCUAAAGGCCAGUGUUUUGGUUUAUUAGGAGUGAACGGAGCGGGGAAGACCACCACAUUCAAGAUGCUGACAGGAGAUGUCUUUGUAACCGAAGGAAAUGCUUUCUUAAACAACAACAGCAUUUUGACGGACAUGGUGAAGGUUCGCCGAGACAUUGGGUACUGUCCUCAGUUUGAUGCCUUUGAUCCCCUCUUGACAGGGAGGGAAAUCUUACGAUUCUAUGCCCGUUUGCGGGGAGUGCAGGGAAAAGAUGUCAACAGGGUGUCAGAUUGGGCUAUCAGAAAACUAGGACUGUUGAUUUAUGCUGAUAAAUUGUCAGGGAGUUACUCUGGUGGAAACAAACGCAAGCUGUCCACUGCCAUCUCACUGAUAGGGAAUCCUCAGAUCAUAUUCCUUGAUGAGCCCACGACAGGAAUGGACCCCAGGGCUCGGAGAUUCUUAUGGAACUGUAUUAAGAACAUUAUCAAGGAUGGACGUUCAGUUAUUCUCACCUCUCACAGUAUGGAAGAAUGUGAGGCUCUGUGUGGCAGACUGGCCAUUAUGGUGAAUGGAACUUUCCGUUGUCUGGGGAGCAUUCAACAUCUGAAAAAUAGAUUUGGUGAAGGUUACACCAUUAUAGUCCGAGUAGCUGGUGAGAAUCCAGACAUGAAGAAUGUGGAGGAUUUUAUAUGCUCCACGUUCCGAGGAGCUGAACUUCUGGAAGCCCAUCACAACAUGUUACAAUACCAGCUGAAAUCCCGAAUCAAAUUGUCCAGUAUUUUUGGGCAGCUAGAAAAAGCCAAGUCCAGACUCAAUAUUGAGGACUACUCUGUCUCACAGACUACUUUGGAUCAGGUAUUUAUAAACUUUGCCAAAGAUCAAACAGAUUUGUUGGAUGAUGAGAUUCCUGAUCAGUCGCGUAGAAAGAAAUCCAGUAGUUUCAAAAAAGAUAAUGGUGUAUAUCCUGUAGGCGGGACUUCUGGCUUCUCGGAUACUGACAGUAUUGCUGGAUCUAGCUUAGGAGGAUCUACAAUAGAGCUUCGACAACCCCACGGCAGAUUAAGGGCAGAAUAUGAUUACCAGAGCAUGACGUACACAGAUGAUGAGAGUCUCACUGGGAGUACGGUGGACCUGAUUCGCCCCAGCAGUGCCAGGAGCAGUACCCGUAGCUCAAACGCAAUGUCUAACGUUCAAAUCUUCUAGAGCGUUGGAUCAGCAUUCAAGUGCUUAAACAUGAACCUCUUUAAAUGGAUGUCCAAAAAUACUCGGUGAACUUGAAAGGGUCAUUGAGGAAGACUUAAGUGUAUGUACUGAAUAGAAACUGAACUGGACAAAGAUUCAGUGAUGAUAUUUGAUGUUUAUUUUCUUGGGGUUUUUUUUUAGCAAUCCAUCAAUUUUACAUCUUUUUUUUCUUCUUGAUUCUAUCUGUGAUGACACAUGUUUUAAUUUUAGAAAUAUCCCAGGUGACAUUAAGUGUGAUUGUCCUUUUUACUCUCAUUUUCUGUACAUAUCUUUGUUUUACUUAAUCAGAUUUCUUUUUUCAUAUAUGAUAUUCUAUAAGAUAUUGCUGAUAUUUUUAUUUAGUUUCUUUGAUUUCUAACUGGCUGGCCAUGUUAGAUCUGUAUGCUGUGAAUUUUGCACAAUAAUUUUGUAACCAAAAGAAUCUCCUAUUUUAUAUACAGCAUUAUAAACAUUGUAAUGUAAGAUUCUGUCAUUACUUGACAGUUUGUUCUUCUUGUUUACACCAUCAGUCUUUCAUUUUUGUACUUUCAUUUUGUACUUUCAUUUACUUAGACUACAUCAUGUGAGUUAUUGUUGUAUGCAUUAUUAAAUCAGAAAUGUUAAACGUGGUGGGCAGUAUGUAUUAAGGAAUCCUUAGUAUAUUAUCCAGUGAUUUUUAUAGGCCUACAUGUAUUUAACAUGUUUGUUAUAAUUGGCUUUUUGUGAGUUUUUUUACCUGGAUAUUGAUUCGUAAUUUACUUAUUCCUAAGAAAUUUAAAUCACAAGUAUUGUUCUGAACCAACCAACUUUGCCUUCUGUCAACAAACUUUCAGAAUGUGUCCAUUUACAUUAUCAAUAAACAUGUGCAUGACCUUCACAAUGGUUCUUUAUGCAAGGACAAACAUGAGACUCACAAUAUUUGUUUAGAAAGUUUUGGAAACUUCCAUUGUUCAGUCCUGAGUGUACAAUUCAUUUCGUGGUUAAGGAACGACAAAGGCUAUCAAUAAUAAUAACAGCAUAGCACAAUGCAGUGGCUGAGUUCAUGUUUGUUAUUUGUAAACUUGAGGCACUUUCUUCUCAAACUCUCAUCAUCUUUUUUAAUUUGCAAGUUUCCCAUCAAAUAAACUGUAUACACACACGUUUUUAUUGUGGUAUGCUUAAUACUUAGUUUUGAAUGCUUUAGUGAGUGUAAGAUCCCUACAAGUUCUGAGGAAGCUUAACAGGCAAGUGUACUAUACUGAAUAACACCAAAACAAAUUCUGAGGAGUGUGUGAAGUGAUAUUUUCAGUUAUUGAAGAAUGUGUUGUUGUUUUUUUGUACUAAGAAUGUAAAGAUUACUUUUUUUGUUUUGUGAAUUAAUAUAAGAUUUUUGUUACAUACAUUAUAUUUUUUAAUAAAAAUUAUCAUUAUAAAUACAA